AUGGAACGUCAACCCUCCGUCUUCACCAAACUCCGUUCUCGUCACACGUACGACUCGAUUCCCAAUGAUGGAGGAGACGAGUGGUAUAUUCCUUACAGUCCCAACUCCAGACCCAACUUACCUACCAGGCAAAGUGGGAUCGGCCUAUCACCUAUAUCACCUACCAAACCUUCUACUAAUUACUCCAUGUUCAGCAAUGUCUUCUCAACCACUUCCAACGCCAUAGCUGGACCAAGUACCUCGAAACCAUUUCCCGUUCGACCAGCAACCACCACACCGUUCGACACUUACGAUAACAAUCCUUCUUCAGGAGUUGCAAGAUUGUUACCUUCAUCUCGAAAACAAGGCGCAAUGUAUAAAUCACCAUCCUACAACUCCAUAUCUGAUUUCAACAAUAAAUCAGAGAGAAUCCCUUCUUCGUCAUCGGUUCCAACAGGAUUACAGGCUCCCAAUAUCCUAUUCUCCCCCUUGAAUCGAGAACUCCGAGCUGGAUCAUCUUCAAACACCCCUCAACAGAAAUCAAAUCCACCUUCAUCGCUCAAUCGCAAUCCUAUACAAAGAUCUCAGCCCAUAAAUGGUAUGACCAAUCAUCGCCAGAGAGCAGUAUCGGCACCUAAACCUAGGAAAAUUAAUCCGUACGAAUACAAAGCAGAGAAUAAACGAUGGGCGGUACCUACCAUGUGUGACAUGUUUCUAUUGCCUCGACCUACGUUGUUACCUCAUGAAAUCACACCGCCUACCACACCUGAAGAUGAGAAAGAGAAAAGAUUGAGUGUGGGAAGUAUGAAUUCGACAUCUACGACGAACAAUAAUGAAACGGUACUAGAAAAGGGGAGGUAUAGGGACGAAGAGAGGGAACAAUGGGCCAAUCUGGUAAAAAAAAGAGGUAGAAGUUUGAGUUUGGGAUCUACUGCUCCCCCGCCUGGUGCACCCAUCAUUGGAAAUGCUAGAGCAAGAAGUAGAGAAAGGUCGAUAGAUGGUUCAAGCAGAAGAAGUAGGAGUAAUUCGUUGAUCAGAGCUUUAACUCCCUCAACAUCUCUUAGGAAAAGAUCAGCUUCAUUCGGAUCGAGAUUCACCAAUCCCAAUCCUAAUUCUGCUUCCAGCUCGAAUCCUCAUUCAAGGAAAUCUUCGGUAAUUAGGCGAGAAUCAGAUAGGAAGAAUAGCGGUAGAAUCACAAGCUUCCUCAAUCUAGAUGGCCACGGUACUACACGCACUGCUCAUCCUUCAGGUAUUACUUCGAAAGAUUACGGCCAUUCAUCCAAGCAACGAUUCUCAGCACCUCGAUAUUCCUCCGACGAUUAUAUGUACAUCUCGCACAACAACAGGAAGAGAUCGAGCUCAAUGCCGUAUUCGACUAAUUCCGCUCUGACCAGAAGUGAUCCACUAUUAGCGAAUUUUGCUACGGCUCCGGUCGAAUCGAGAUAUCCUAUUACAGCUGCCAUACCUUCCGGGAAAUCCUUACAAUUCAAGCAACCCUCUGUGGCUGAUAAGGGCGAUAAAGGUGGUGUUGUGAUAAUCAGUAAAGGAGCCUCGAGAAGGACUCCUUUCUCUGCAAAAUAUGAAAGGGAAGGAACCUUCCGCCCUCCUGCUCCAUUGAACUUAUCAAAACCUCUACCUGAUAUACCUAAAGAUGACAUUUCACCAAUCUUGCCUGAAUCAGGACCAUUCAUUUCGUUAACGGAUGAAAUUGGCGUGGCCAUUUCACCUGAUAUUGUUGGAGUGGACAGGGAGGUGAUAGUGAUCGAUAAUGAGGAUAUGUCUGAGCCGAAAACUGCACCACUCCCCAAAACGACUGAUCCCCUCUCACCCAAAACUUCUACUGCGAAGUCUAGAUUGUCUGACGGAGGUUCAGCGACCGCCAGAGCGUUUUUGGCUAAACAGCAACAACGCGCUAGGACAAAACGAGCAUUCCAAUCUCCCUCCAAAGGUCCGGUCGCACAUCGAACCAUCCGCGAUUCCACUGCUGCAUCUCAAACUGGACAUCUGUCAACUUCUGCUUCUACACCUACUACAGCGUCCACUUCAAUUUCAUCGGCACUUUCACCUUCUUCAUCGACCACUUCUAUCAAGUCGGAUGGACCUAGACGCAAGACCGCUCUGGAAGAAGCGAUUGGGAGAAGUAGAGCCUCAAGUGUUGGUACGGUAGAACAACAACAGGCUAAACACAGUCCUACCCGAAUGGCAUUAAUGGAGAAUCGACCGAACACCAGUGAAUCUAACAAGAAGAAGUUUGGUACAAUGUCUGUACCCUCUCCACCAAGAGUAUCGGUGCAAUCUCCUACUCAGAAAGAUCAGCAUCAACGAUUCCCUUCACCCGAUUUAAGUUAUUCGAUAUCUCCGGCUGCAUUAGACUACCCGAUCUCCACUGUCCCUUCACCACGAACAAAGUCUGGCCCGAGCUUCUUAGAUGUAAGACCAAAUAUCGUACAUGGUGAAUCGAAUGUCUCGAAAGUCACCGUCUAUACGGAUGCGUCAGAGGGUUGGAGUAGAGCUGGUACAUCGGCUAGAUCCACACCUAUAUCAGAUAGGAAAGAUAGGUUGAGUGACGCGAAUAGUGAAGAUAGUCCAGGUCAGACACCGGAUGAUAGGGAUUUCCAGGGUUUAUUCUUCCGUACACCCGCUGAUCGGAAUGGAUCAUUCUCCAAUACACCUAUCCCAGGUCAAUAUGCACCAUCCUCAACCAAUCACUUUUCCCUUCCUCGGCCUAUUCCAGAAGGUCCUGUUCCUGUAGGAUUAGGAUACGAUAUGGAUCCCACCCCUCACAGUACGAUCAUAUCAGAGGACGAUCAACCUCGUAGACCCUCUGAUGGAAGUGAAUCGACAGCUGAGAUAGCUACUCCCAACAUGAGCAGUCAACCGCAACAACCUUAUAUGGGAUAUCUGGAUCAAGUGGGAACGAACCAUAACACCACGAAUACAGCGAGGGUACAACAGAGAUUGAUGGCUCCUUGGAACAACCGUAGACCUGUAACUCCCGAUUCACCAGAUUUGGAUUCUGAUGAUGGCGAUGAGGAAGAGAGGGACGAGAGGAGUCAGGAUACCCAUGAGACUGCUAUACCUAUUUUAUCUGAGGGACAUGAGUUCCCAUUCCCUAGAUCUCACGAUACCAUCCGUAAUCUCUCUCAAGCACAAGCUCAAGCUCAAGCUGAAGGAGAGGAAAGUGCCACACAAACAACACCUCACGGGAAACGCCGCCAGUCUCGACCUCACGCACCCUUAUCACCAGGAACAUUCGGUAUAACCACCACUUCAACUUCAACUUCAUCAACUUCACCUUCAUCUGCAUCAAAGCAUAUCAACUUUGCACCGUCGUCUUUCCAAAACUACUCACUCGCUCCUCACCAUCAUCACGGCCAUACCGUAGGAGGAUUAUCACCAAUUCCUGGGAGUGUCAGGGAUUCUUCAACUUCACCUGUGUUGGGCCACGAUCAUCGAAAUUCGGCUGCUGUGAGCUUCUUUGACGAGUUCCCAACUCCUCCUGGAGAUUCUCAUUCUCAUUAA